AGGGGUGAAAGGUCGGGGGUUCCGCUUGGGGAACAUGGUGGCGCCGGCGACGCUCCGCGUGGUGCGAUGCGGCGGCGGCGGCGCCCUCCGCGGCGCCAGGGCCGUUUUCUCCGCCGAUUCCAAGUACCUGCUGUGCGCCUCCGGCGACUUCGUGAAGGUGUACAGCGUGGCCACCGAGGAGACGCUGCGGGUGAUGGGGGGCCACGCCGGCCUGGUGACGGGUAUCCAGCUCAACCCGCACAACCGCAUGCAGCUAUAUUCUUCCUCUCUUGAUGGCAGCAUUAAGCUGUGGGACUUCAUGGAUGGGAUUCCCAUUAAAACUUUCACUGUAGGAUCCAAACUUCUGGCACUGUACACACUUGCUAGUUGUGAGGACUCAGUGUUUGUUGUCAUUCCCAAGAGGGGUGAAAGAGAUACGUUCCAGCUGGUCUCAGUUAAGCUGACAAAAGCAGCAGGCCAAGAUCUGGAAGCCAAGGAACUGUCGGUUGUUUUGGAUGGUGUGGAUGCGUCACCAAAGUGUAUUGCGUUUGGAAGAGAAGGUGAAUAUGUGGCAUCAGUGAAGGAGGUCAAUCUCCAAGUUUAUUUUUUUAAACAGAAACAGUUGAACAGGUUUUCUCUAAGUGCAAUGAAGACAAAAAGUGGAAACAAUCACUUCACCUGCGUAGCGUGCCAUCCUGUGGAGGAUUGUAUUGCAACUGGCCAUGCUGAUGGAAAGAUUCGUCUCUGGCGGAAUUUCUACCACAAGAAAGAGUACACAUUUUCCACACUGCACUGGCAUCAUGAUACCGUCAUGGAUCUAGCUUUUUCUAUGGAGGGAACCAAAUUGCUGAGUGGUGGAGUUGAAUCUGUUCUAGUUCUGUGGCACAAUGAAUCAGACUGUCGGAAGGAUUUUCUUCCUCGUUUGGGAUCUGCUAUUGAGUACAUCUCCAUGUCAUCUGAUGGCGCACUCUGUUGCACCUUGCAUACAGACAACAGAAUUACAAUAAUCAACAGCAACCUAAGAUUUUGCAAAAGUAUUCAAGGGCUAAUCAAAUGUACAAAUGUCAAGACUGGUCUAGUGGUUGAUCCUAGGACUAAAGCUUUGGUCCUCAACGGAGAGCCGGGCCACUUGCAGUUCUAUUGUCUCCAAAGCGACCAACAGCUGUUCAGUUUGGAUAUUGUGCAACGACAGUACAUUCAUCAGGCAGGUUUAAACCAAGCUGACUUGGUAAAAGUGGCGUUUAGUGCACAAGGCAAGUGGUUAGCAACAGUAGAAGAGAGAGAAGAAGUAACUGACCCUGAGUUACAGUUGAAGCUGUGGUUCUAUGAUGAAGAAACUCAAAGCUUUAAGCUGAAUACUAGAAUAAAUAUGCCCCAUGAUGACCACAUAACAGACAUAUGCUUUCGUGACAUGGAUGAACCAGAAGAUGACUCUCUGAUAUUGGUAACAGCUGGCAGAGAUUGUGUGUUUAAAGUCUGGGUGAUGAUAGAAGACACUGAUCCAGAGGCACAGCAAAGUGUGAGCUGGAGCUGUGACUUCGUAGGCAGCUACCACAACUACCAAGCUACCAACUGCUGUUUCUCGGAAGAUGGCUCUUUGCUUGCUGUUAGCUUUGAAGAAACUGUCACUGUAUGGGAUUCAGUUACUUGGGAUCUUAAGUGUACAUUUUGUCAUCCACCUGGAAAAAUAAGGAACAUCUGCUUUGGGAGACUAACAUGUUCCAAGUACCUUAUUGGUGCCACUGAUCAUGGCUUUCUGUGUUGCUGGAACCUGCUCAGUUGUGCAUUGGAAUGGAGUGCCCACCUCAAUGUUUUAGUUUUGCAACCUGAUCCUCUUUCAGAACAUAUUGCUGCUGUCUCAUGGCUCUCAAAAGAGUCCAGCUUGUUUGUGUUUAAACCAGAUGAGCCACGGCCAGUCUAUAUCCAGAGAAACCUCUGUAAAGAAAAGAUCCAACUUGCUGCCUUUGUUCCAAGAGACGAACCUGAAAUGAUUGGCUCAGAAAAAUACCUUUGGCUAAGAAGAUCCCAACUAUUUUUUCUUACGGAUACACAAGAUCUAAUGACGCUUAGCACAAAGUCUCUAGAAGAAAGGCUUACACCAUCAAGCAAACAGCUGGCAGUAGAAGAAAGUCUUCCUGUGACCCCAUUUAGCUUGCUCUUGGGAAAGCACAGACAUCAGCAAUCACAAGAGGAUACAGACCUUGGAAGACUAGUUGUUCGUAAUAAGCAUGGGCGAGACUCGCCUGCUGUCAAAGAGCUUUUGCACACUCCGGCACAUGUUCUGCCAUCUGCUUCCUUUCUCUGUCCUAUAUUUAUUAAUUCAUUGCUCAUCUCCAAAGAGAACAAAAGUGCUGAAGAAGUUGCUGAUGAAGUAGAAAUGGAAAGUGAAAAACCAGAGGAUGAUUCAGAUGAGGAAAGGGAAGUUAUGGAAAUGGAACAAGAAGAUACAUGUCCUAUGGAAUUAUUAGGAGAGAUGACAUAUAAACUGUCUAAAUCCCAGGAAAAAGAACUAAGAAAAAUAAGAAAAAUGGACUACAGUUGGGUAUCAGCUUUCUAAACAGGCAUCUUGGGCGUUUUUAUACUGUAAACUGAAGCUUUGUGGAUUAAACAUUCUUCAAAAAAAUCUUUCCAGUCCUUUGGCCAUAAAUUUUAGCAGCCUCUGUUUCAAUAAGGAGAACUGGAGGGAGGGAUUAAAGUUUUGAAAAGAUGGUUAUGUUCCUAGUUUGUUAACUGCUUCUCUGUGACUGUAGAAAACAUUUAACCUGUGGGUUUUUUCCCCUUGCAAAUGUAUUUAAAAGGCUAAUAGCAAAAUUGAGUUAAUUAUCUGACUUGUGAUCAGUUAACAAAGUGACAGCUAAGCUGCUGAAAAUCUCCCCCACUGAGGCUGGGCUACUGCUGCCAAAGCAACAGCAGCAAACAGCUUCAGUUAAUAAGACUGCUUAGUUCAAGGUCUGGUAGGGGAAAUCGGGAUAGUUCUUAGUGCUGUAUACAGAUGAGUAACAAGUCUCCUUCUCAGAAGUUCCUGUCUAGCUGUUGAGACCGAUGACAAAUAGUUUAAUACACGUGAUUCUAGAAUAUAAAUGCCUGCGUAUCUGCUGGUGUUCAUAGAGUACGGAGAUUCUUAGACAUAGGGCACCUACAUGUAUCAGAGCAUAAUGAAACUUUUCCAAAUAUCAAGAAAACUGCACCAUGUAGAAAGAGAUGUGUCUUUUCCUGACAGCCAUCACACAUCAGCUAGAGUUUCUAUAUAUCACUUAACUGUACAAUAUCAGAGUAUAUAGUUAGUCUAAAGUAGUAAAUUUGAAGGUCUAAAAGUAAAUACAGUCCCCU